AUGGGUUGUGUUUGCAAUUGUAAAUCUUCUAAGACAUCAAAUUAAAAUACUUAGCUGUAAUUUAAUUUAGCCGAACAAUAUAGAAAUAACAGGAAUAUAAAUACAUAAGAUAGUUUAGAGGAUAUCUGCCAAUCUCUUUGCAAUAUUGGAUAAGAGAUAAAAAGUUUGGGUUAAUUGAAACUUGAGGUCCAGGAGAGGAUAAAUGAGUUGGGAACUUUUAAGGCCAUAGAAUAAAUAGACUCUAAUGCCUCUUGUUAUUAAUUUCUUUAAUGUCCUGAUGGUUCUAUAUUUUAUGGUUCGGUAAAAAAUGGUGUUCGAAACGGAAUUGGAAAAUAACAUUGGUUGACUAAUGGAAAUUAUUUAGAAAGUGUUUGGGCAAAUGAUAAAGCCAAUGGACCAGCUAGAAUGAUCUAUUCAAAUGGAGAUGUUUUUGAAGGUCACUUAAUUGAGAAUAAAGCGAAUGGAUUUGGAAUAUUCAGAAAUAAAAAAAAAGAAGUUAAAGGGUAUUGGGUUGCUAACAAACUUUAAGGGAAUGGAAUAGAAGUUAGAAAAAAUGGAAUUAAAUAUGAAGGUUAAUUUAAAUGUGGAAUAAUUGACGGGAGAGGGUAGUAUACAUUUCCUGAUGGUAGAAUAUAUCGAGGAUAAGUAAAAUAAGGAAUGAUGCAUGGAGAAGGCUUGAUGACUUGGCCUGAUUAUAGUUAUUUCAAAGGGGAAUUUCGACAUAAUCAUAUCAAAGGAUAUGGGUGUUAUACUCAUUCUGAUUCUUAAACCUAUUUUGGAUAUUUUUUUUCUAAUUACCACCAACCUGUUAAAUAGUUAGAGAUAUUUUAUAGUCAUGAUCAAAGUAUAUAGGAAAGUGAAAAACUAUAAAAGUUCUUAAAACAAUAUGGUGGAGACCAUCAAUGAUUCACUCUAUUUUAUAUUGAUUUUAAUCAUAUUAUGUUACUAGUAAAAUAUUG